AGGUGCGUUUUUAAAAGUAGACGAUGCAGUAAUAAAGCUUCCAGAUGUCAGCUGGUAUAGAUCUCGUCCAGUGUUUCGGAGACACUCCGGUUACGUUUGAUGAAUUGACUUCAAAAUUAUGUUAUCCAUUGAGUAAAUUUGAGGAAUUUUCCGAUACUCCUGAACUGCAUCAAACUCUUGCCCAUGCUGAACUGAUAGUUUGUCGAAUUCGAGCUUACUAUAAUCUCAUUCAAGAAAUUUGCAAACAAUCUGUCAAUACCGGUGAAGCAUUUUCCUCUUCUCUGUUAAAAUUGGCCAAGUGUAUUGAUUUGGGCGUUGAUCAAAAACAGUUAUGGGCAUUCAAUACAGACUUCACAAGUGAAUGGGAUCAUUUGGGGACUCAAAAGAUACUUAAUCAUGCUGCUCACCUAAUAACUUUAUUUGCCGAACAAACAAGAAUGCUAGCCACAAAGAUAUUGGAUAUCGAGACUAUCUUAACAAAAAUUAAUGAUAGCUUAAACAAACUGCAAGAUCUUCGGUCAAAUUUUCAACGUGCUUAUGAACGCCUAGAGAAUGCUAUAAAUCGUGCUGCCUCAGCAAGUUCUUCACGAUCUCCAUUAGAUUUACAAACAUUUGACAAUCAAGUUAAAGAGGCUCAAGAGAUAUACCAAACAACAGCAACAGUCUACUUAUCACAUAUUCGUCAAAUGACUGGACCAAAUUAUAUCAUUUCAUAUCUACGACUGAUUAUAUUAGCAUUGUCUGUUCAACAAUUCUAUUCUGAACAAGUGAAUUUGAUAUUUGAUAGUUCCAGUAAGAUAAAUACUCUCACUUCUUCAUCGUUAGUAAACCAAAUCAAAAAGUUGAUCACAAAUAUUGAAGAGAAAUCAAAUGUCAUGGAUUCUGGCAAAUCUAAACCACUCAAAACUCCAAUCUGCGAGAUGAAAGGUGAAGUAAAUCUAAGCACUUCGCUAAAUCCCCGUUUAGAAGGUUAUUUAUUCAAGAGAAGUGGAAAGAAAGGUUGGCGUACGUGGGCUCGAAGAUGGUUUCGUGUAAAUGACAAUCAAUUGGUUUAUUGUAAACGUUUCCCUGGGUUAACAUCCGCAGAUCUCCAGUCUGCAUGUGAUACUGCAUUUUUGGAGCUUACUCAAAGAGUAAAUGCACUAUCUUCUUGUACUAAUCGACUGAAAAAUGAAACAGACGCCAAAAACUAUCUUGAAAAUAAUCUUCCGACGCAGUUGUCUUGUCAAGCUGCUCCGCGAUGGACUGUUAUGGAGACUAACCUUCGAUUUUGCACAGCUCGAGUUGUUCAACCAAAUAAGCGAUUAACGGCUGGAGAGAAACAAAUGAAUUUAUUGCAUUAUGUUACAGAUCGUCGAUUUGUCUUUGAACUGGUAUCAUCAGGACACCGAACAUAUUAUUUACAGGCUGGCAGUACUGAUGAAUUGAAUCUUUGGGUGAAUACAUUACAGUCUGGUCUUCAUGAACUCUAUCCGACUAAUUUACCACGUUAUCUAAAAAAUGAGGGUUUGAAAGAGAGCUUUACCAAUGAUUCACUUGAUUUACUGAGCUCAUGUAGCCCAACUCAAAUAAGCUUAGACUUUUCCAACAGUCCAUCAGUUAACUCCAUGUCAGGUUUUCGUACAAAUGACCCCUUUUCUCAAGUCUCUCAGUCAUCACUUCCAGACUACGAUGCACUAAAAAACAAGAGUGGAAUUUUACUCUGGCGCGAACCUGAUUUGGCCGGUAAUCGUUGUUGUGCUGAUUGCGCUGUUGGAGAUGCAAGAUGGGCUAGCAUUAAUUUAGGCGUGACACUGUGUACUCUAUGUGCUGCAGUUCACCGUAGUCUUGGUGUUCACAUCUCAAAGGUUCGAUCACUAACUCUUGAUAAUUGGCAGCCAGAGUUAUUGCAUGUGAUGCUCAAUCUAGGUAAUAAGUUUGUGAAUGAAAUUGUCGAAGCAAAUCGUCCUCACCAUAGUGUUCCAGAGUUUCCUCGUCUGUCAACAAACACACCAUUCGAGCAACGUAAAGUUUGGAUUGAAGCCAAAUGGGUUCGUUUUAAAUUUGCCCGUCUUCCUAUAUCCACUGGGGAGGAAGUAUCUGAUUCAACAGAAGCUGUUCAGUGGAUUAAACACUUGUACGAUAAUUGGCUUCAAACACGCGCUCAAACACGUGAUAAUUUUCCUGAACUUAUCCACCAUCCUACGUCAUCGUCGCCAUCAUCUAUCCGAGAAUCGAAUAGCUUAGAUAAGAAAUUAACUCGGCAUAAUAUGCGUCGAUAUGCUAUCCUAAACCAGUUGAUGAAUAUCAUCAAAGCUUUGCACGAAAAACAUACGUCUAACGCUAAAAAUAGUUCCAGAGUGCUAUUUCGAUGUGCUGAACAGCUAGCUGCAGCAGAGAAUUUAGUUUGUUUUGGUGCUCGUCUUGGUUGUCCGCUUCUUAUCUUGUCCGGUCUUGCUGGUGGAGCUAGUCCGGAUGCAAAACUGAAAGUUGGAGUAUCUUCUAGUUAUCCACCGUUGAUAUUGGCUUCCCGUACUGGUUCUAUAGCAGCUAGUGAAUUUCUCCUAUUGAAUGGUGCAGACGUAAGUUAAAGGAAUAUGUUCAAUUUUGUUUUCGCUUGUUCUGUAUUCUUACUCACUACUUGCUGAAACUGCAGGAAGUGGAGUCAAGUUUUAAUCUGCGACCAAUUACUCAGUAUUUGAGUUCUGAAUUUAAAAAAAUGACGUAUCUGGAUAGUAAAUAACCGGCCUCACGUCUAUAAAUCAGUGGUGACUGAAGUUUGCAAUUAAUCGUCACAAAGCUAGAGACUUGAGUCGAUCGAAAUAAACUAGUUUUGUGCUUACUGAUAUUUAACAACAACAUGUACAGCUCAGUGAUAGCACUUCUGACUAUGACAUUUAGUUACAUAGAUCCAGGCUUCACUUUCCAAAGGGUUAGUGUUACGUUUCAAGAUGCAUGAAAUUUGCAACUAGAAAUUCCUGUCACUUUUCGCCUAUUAUCUGAUAACAUCAGGAUUGUUCAUUGUUUCAAAGUGGUCAUCAGGGAAAUCUAGAUAACUAGAAUAUCUCAUAGAGUACAGUGUGUACUAUAGUACAGAGUAUACUUUGAGAGAUGAAAAUCUUUGAGAAUAUGAACCUCGCUUAUUGAUAUCAGUAGGUGCAAAAUGUAGGUAAAUGGCUCCAUUUGACCGUUCAUAAGAAUUUAGUACGUGCAUAUCAUUUCAUUCUGUCUGAUAUCUAUAUUCAUUGUGCACUGAGGACUACAAUAGUUUAACCUUGGUUUUAAGUCUUGUAGGAAUCAAGGCUUUCCUUUUUUUAGGAUAUUCAGUCAUGAAAUUGAAUAGCACAUUGUAGGGUACAUUUUCACCGAGUUACUUUGAAGCAACAUCUUUUUUGAACAGGCAGCCUAGGACAAUAGUGCAUCAACUUACUUCGCUACUCUAUAUAUAGUAUAAUAUGGGCAAUGUUGUUUGAUGCGUAGAUUAGUCAGACAUUUGAUAACAGUGACAAUGUGAAUGGUGAAUACAUUAUUUUCACCGUGGUCUGUUUUGAGUUAUGUCCCCUAAUUCAUAUUCAAGAAACGUAUAUUUCCCUAAGACUUACAGCAAGAUUUUGUAAUUUUAUAGACUGUUGUUUACUCUGUUUGUUUUCCCUUCCUUCAAAUCAGUCAACAUUGGGGUGUUCAGUAAAUCAGAACCUAUAGAUUUUGUCUCAUUUCUGUAGUUCAUCGAUAACUGUUAAGCAUAUUUUAGUGAGAGGUUGUUUGCUUUUUACUUUCACACCAGAAUUUAUUGGAAAGUUAUCAGAUGUAUCAUUCAUCGGGUCUGAUGCUUGGUAAAAGAUAUGUUAAAUCCUACUAAAAGUUUUAUUAUGCACCAUAGUGGUCCGUUGUAUUUUACUAACUUUUCUUUCGAAAACUAGUUUAGGAUUCCUUUACACUAUUUUUUAUUUUUUGUUGUCGGUAAAUAGAUUGAUAUAAGAGACGAUCAAGGUCGGACUGCACUUCAUCACGCUUGUCGAUUUGGUCGAGUACAUUUAGUCUGUUUGUUAUUGCGACGUCGAGCCAAUCAAAUGAUCGCAGACAAAGAUGGGAAAUUACCGUUAGAUGUGGCAUUAGAAUUAGCCAAUGCUGAUAUUGUGACCUUGUUACGGUUGCAACGAUUAAAUGAAACUGCCAAGAGCUCUGAUUUCACAUUAAGCGAUGAAACAGUCAAUGAUGUAUUUCGUGAUUUCACUUCACGUACUUAUUACUUGAAUUGUGAUGAUUAUGAUAAUGUCGAUGGAGAUGACGACGAUGGCUAUGAAGACGAUGAAACAAUCUGUACUAAUCUUGAGUCAUAUGAGCUCUCUUUACCAAGAACAGAUAAGAAAGCGUAUACUACCAAUAAAAUUAUUAAGAUUCGAUCAAUUUAUGAAAGGAAUCUGCAGACGCUUCCUUCUAACAACACUAAUGGGGUGAUUCUAAUAACCAGUACCACCACUAAUACUACGAGUGUUGCCUCAACUCCUAGUACUAUUACUACUGCUGCCACUCCAGCUUGUGGUGCUAUUGCUGUAGAUAUCCGGCGACGACGAGAUAGAAGUCAUCAAAAUUCCUUUGAUUCCUCUGAAAAAUGAUGAAUCAUUCAGAUUGGAACGUCGAUUUUCUUGAUGUUCCUUUUCCACAUAUUUCCAUUGUAAGCGGUAAAAUCUUGCACAGAUUUUUUGCAAUGUUUGCACUAUUAUUUACUUACUGAUACUCAAUGAUCUCUCUUAAACACUUUGUAUUAUUGAUAUUAUUAUUAUCGUCAUUGUUUUCUUGUCGUGUAAUUUGGUUUAAUCGUUAUUACUUUGUUAGAUUUCCUCCGAUUUAGGGUUUUCGCUGAACAUUCCUCAUCCAUCCUAACUUUUCUCCUUGUUUGACGAUCUCUUGUUGCUCCUGUUCUUGAUUGCACAGUAUGCAACUUUUCUUGACUUAUGGUUAGUUUUAUUUCUCCCACUCACACUUGACGAUCUGUCUCAAUACAACUACUCUACUAUCUACCCUUGGGAUUAGUGUUAACUGCGUAUUUUCCUCUAGCAGGUUAUAAUAUUAUGUUGCAAUGUAGCGUAGCAGAUUAUACUUUCUCCAUGUGUGUAUGUUGCCACAAUCUCACAUACAGAUACAUCACGACACUUUUUAUGUACUUGUCCAAUUAUACUGUUAUUGCAUUGUAUUUUCAUUCCUUCCUUCCCCACCCUUUUUCAUUUUUACACGUUUGUACUGAUUUUCUCUUGUAUAUGAAUGGAAAUAUAGCUUCUCAUGUGGCUGC